AUGUCCAAUACACCCUCUGCUAAAGCUAUCGAACAAGUCCUAGAAAAACAAAGAGCAAAGGGUAAAUCCCUAGAUGAAUCAAUAUCAUAUCAAUUAUCAAUUGAUUUAAAAAAUCAUUUAAUCAAUAAAUCCCAGGAUUCAUUAAAAUCUAUAAUUUUAUUGGCAAAUGUCCUAAGACUUUCAAAACCAAAUGAAUUAUUUACACAAAUAUUAGAUUAUCAAAUAUUUAAUGGAAUUUUCCAAAAUUUAACCAAGAGUACACCAUCUGAAUAUAUUUUAUCUGUUUUUACUAUAAUAAAUUUAUUAAUUAAAGGUGAUCUCUUGGGGAAUGUUGAUCAACAAGAAUAUUUACCAAAUUUCCUUAGAGCAUUGGAUGAUAAUUUAGGGUUCCUAAAGAUAUUAAGUACUAAACUUUAUACGGAAAAUGUUGAUUUAAUUAUAAAAUCAUUAGAUUUUUUAAAUAAUUAUUUAAAUUUAAAUCAUGGUAAACUUUAUACAAUGGAAUAUUUAAUUAAUUUUUUUUUCAAUUUACAAAAAACUGAAUUUAAUUCAAUUUUGAUAAACAUUUUACAAGAUCAAAGAUUUAAACAAUUAUUAAACACAAGUAUUAAAAAUUUAAAUCAUUCAUUUUUGAAUACUUUGAAUUUAUUAAAUUCAUUAAAAAUUGAUCAAUCUUCACAAUUACAAAUUACAUUAAUUAAUGAAACUCAAAUCCUCAGUUUUAGUAAUGAAAAAAAACAAAAUCAACAAUUUAUAUUAACAAAUUAUUCUGUGUUACAAUUAAUUGAUUUUUAUUUUUUUUCUCAAAGUUCAAAUAUUUCAUUUAAAAAAUCUUAUCAAGAACAAAUUUUAUUCAAUAAUAAUAAAGAAAAUUAUUUCCCAUUGAUACAAAUCAGUACCAAAAUAACUUCAUUAUUAUUAAACAUUUUCCAACAAGAUUCAGAUUAUGAAAACCUAACAAAAAUUUCAAUAUUCUUAAGAGAUUUAUUACAUUUUAAUUUAAUUUCAAAAUUCCUAGAAAUUUGGAAUGAAUCAAAUUCUCAAAAAGAUGAAUUAAAUAAUUUAUUACCAUUAAUUGAAAUUUUAUUAAAAAUUAUAAAUGAUGAAUUCCAAAAUGAUGAAUUACAUAUAAUUGAUAAAAUUUUAUCAAUAUUCAAGAAAAUUUCUUAUCAAGACCUUAGGGAAUAUCAAUUAAAUUCUAUAAAGAACCUAAAUUUAAAUUCUACAUUAAAUGAAAUUAAUUCAUUUGAUAAAAUUUUACAAAAUCAAGUAUUUGAUUUUAUUAAAAAUCAAAGGUUUUUACAAUUAUCAAAAGGUGCUUGGGUUUAUUCAUCAUUACCAAAUUUCCAAUCAAUAACACCAACUCAACAAGAAGGUCAAGAAGGUAAUAAUGAAGGUACAAAUUAUUUUUUUAUAAUCCUUUCACCAAAUUUUAAAAAUUUAUUAUUUAAAGAAUAUAAAUUUAAGACACAAAAUUUACCAGAUAUUGAUAAAUCAGGUAUCCCAAUUGAAAUUUCAUCAAUAUCAUCAUUUAAAAUUGAAGAAAUUCAACAAUCAGAUCCAACAACUUCAACACAUGGUCCAAAUAAUAGAUUUAUAAACUUGGUGGAAAAAUCAAUUAUAAAUAAAAUCACAUUAAUUAAUAGGAAAAAUAAACCAUUAUUCACCUUCUUUGCAAAAAAAGAAGAUUCUUUUAAUUAUUUAGAUGCUUUAAAUCUUUUAUUAGGUCAUUAUGAUAACUUAAGUGAUGAAUUAACUUAUCAAAUUAAUAAGUUAUUUAAAAUUAGAAAAUCUGUUCAAUUAUUAAAUUUUAAUUAUGAAGAAUCAAAUGUUGUUAAUAAUGAUGAAGUGGGGGAUGAUGUUUAUGAUUUAGAUAAUUUAGAAAAAUUAGCUUCAAAUUUUUAUUAUUCAUGA